AAGGUAUAUGUCUGUUUAUUGGGAUAAAUUGAAAAAUAUUGAAACAACACAUCCUGGAUUGCUUGACGAUUGUCAAAAAAGUUUUUUGGGCAUUCGCAGAACAAUUAAACCAUUUUCAAGAAUACCGAUUGAUUUAACACUUGAACAAACAAUCAAUGCUGCUGCUGCUUCUAAAGCUUCUGGAAUUAUUAACGUUACAAACUCGUUUUCUGCACGACAAAAAUGGUCAAUUACUCAUUCACUGCGUACGAGUGUUAUAUCAAAAAUGAUGGAGUUUUGUAAUAUGAAAUCCACCGAUGACAUAACGAAAGACUUAAAGGAGUCAUCCAUUAAGAAAGCUACGAAAAACUUAGAAGUAUUAAUGCAACUAAUAAAGCAGUACACCGACCCUUUCUCGUUCGAUCUGCCAAAAAAUUAUCUUUACAAUAUAUCGAAAGGUCAGUCCGUUAGCGAUGAAAUAUAUCAAUUUUUAUCAUCAGUUGAAAUAGAGGGUGAAAAACAGCAUCAGAAUUUCAUUACUGAGACUCGGAUAACACCAGAUAGGUUUGAUAAAGCCAUUAGUAAAAAUAAAAUUAUGAAUUUUGAGUACAAGAAUACGAAAAAAGUCAAAAUUAAUGAAAAAGUCAAAGAAAUUAAAAUGCAAAGAGAUGUUUUUGGCCGUUUACUUUAUGCAUCAGUAGAAAAUAAAAUUGAUAUAGAAAAAGCAUUAAGUUAUCCUCUAGCUCCUGUUCCUUUUUCACUCUGUCAUACUAAUGGAUCAAUAUGCAAGACCCCUAAAUCUGUGAUUAUUAAUGAAUUACUAGAAUAUCAAACCGAAAUUGAAAAUCCUCCAGAAGCAGACAUUCACUUAAUUGAUGGAUUUUAUUUAUUACAUACGCUGAAAAACGUUCCAAACAAUUAUGGUAAAAUCUCGAAACAUAUAUUAAAAAUACUUACAUAUAAUAAAAAAGAAGUACAUAUUAUAUUUGACAAGUACAAAAAACCCAGUAUCAAAGAUUUUGAACAUGAUCUGAGAGGUGAAGAGGAUACACAGUAUGACGUAAUACGUAGAGACAAUAAUCGUCCUGCGGAUUUCUGCAAAUUAUUGAGGAGUAGCAACUUUAAAGAAAAAUUUGUCGAAUUUUUAAUUGAAGAUUGGACAAGAGAUGAAUUUUUUACCUUGAUUGAAGGGAAGACUGUUAAACUUAAUUAUGAUCAAUGUUACACUUAUGAGGUGUCUAGUGAUAAUAAAAUAAAAAGAAUUAUUGAUUAUAAUCUUUCUUGUUAUCAUGAAGAAGCUGACACCAAAAUUGUGUACCAUGUUUGUCAAUUUAAUCGUAACUAUCGUGUGCAGAUACAUUGUACAGAUUCUGAUAUACCAAUAAUAAUGUUGGCAAAUUUCAAGUAUUUAAAAGAUGAAAUACAAGUAAUAAUUAAUUUAAGCACUAAUAAAAAAAAAAUGUACCUGAACAUAAAUGAAAUUUAUGCCAAGCUUGGAGAUCAAUUAUCGUGUUCAUUUGCUAUAUGCCAUAUUUUUACAGGAAAUGAUUACAAUCCCGCUUUUUUCCGUAAAGGAAAAAAAAGACCUUUCAGUAUUUUUAAGAAAAAUAAAAAUUUUCAAGAGGCUUUUAUUCAACUCCUACGAAGUGAUCAUACAGUAUUAACAACGUCAAAUGAAAUAGUUCGAAUUAUUGAAGAGUAUGUAUGUAGAGUGUACUCAUUAAAAACCAAAAAUGAUAUCAACAGAGGACGGUAUGAACUAUUUGAAAAAGGCUAUAGAUCAAAAAGUGGAAGUGAAAAAGUAUUAAAAAAAAAUAUUAUUGGAUAUGAUCCUUCCAGUUUGCCACCAACAAAACAAGAAUUGUUGCAACAAAUUAAAAGAACAGUAUUCAUCAGCAAUGUAUGGUGUAAUGCACACAUGCGGUGCCCCACAGAUAAAGUACCUGAAAAUUAUGGAUGGACAAUAAUUGAUGGUAAAUACGAGUAUUAUUGGUUUGAUGGUCCUCAAAGCCCAUCCUUUGAAGAAUUAUCUUCUCAAUUGCAAGAUUUAGAUACCACGGAAGAUCAGAAUGAAGAAGAUACUGAUGAAGAUGAGGAGAGUGAUGCCAGUAGUGAGGAUGAAUGUUUCUCUGAUGAGUCAGAUGAAAAUUAAUUUCUUUUUGGUAUAAAAGUAUCUACUUUUUCAUGUAUGUUACAUAAUAAAGUUGAUUUAUUUCAAUAAAUAUAUUUUCACUUUACCUCAUGUUGCACAUAGGAAAAAGGAAAAUUACGAUUAUUGUAGGACUACGGAUGCAUACCAGUUUUUUUGUAGGACAUUGUUUUAUUCAGAUAAAAAACACACUAAUGUAUCACGUGAUACUUUUGUCCUACAGUUACUAAUAAAAAAAAUGGUCCUGUGGUAUGGACAACUUAGGAGUCUAGGACUAGAAAAAUGUACCACGUAAUGUGUAGGACAAUGUGGGCGUUAAAUUAUAUAAUAAUUAACUAACCAACCAAAAAAAAAUCAGCUGGUUAGUAAUUAUUUUUCAUGACCUCGCAAAUAGUACAUGUUGCAAAAAUGGGACCUCUUUGAUCAAACCUAGCAUUUUGUAGGACAAAUAUUUAUUCGGCUAAUUUAGAUCAUUAUUAUGAGAAUUAGAAAUAAAAAAACCAGUUAGUAAUGAAUUUUUGAUAACCACUAAAUCAACAAAUUAUGUCCUCAUUACCCCUGUUAGCUACCACUUACGAAAUUUUUGUACUAGCUAAUGUUGGGCGUCUCGUCAAAAUGAAGCUACUGACGAAAAAUUAGCUUGUUAGUAAUCACUUACGAAAAAG